CCUCCGAGGACCAGCCCUCCCUCUGACUGAGCAGUGACUCCCAGUCCACCCACACUUUUUCCAAUGGGAUGCUGAGUCCCUGUGUGGGUGAGUUUUGCAGUUUCAGCAACAAAUUUGCCCCUUAUUCCGGUAUCUCCAAGACAGAAUGAAGAGGAGGUGGGCAUUCGGCCCAUCGGGAUGAUGUUGGCUGCUUCAUAGAACCGGGCAGUUUUUCCAGUACACCUCCUUUCAGAAUGCUCUCCCUUCAAACUCCAAUCUGAACUAAAAGCUCCACAUUCCAAAACAAACACGCGUCCCUUGCAAACGCGGAUUUAGGUCGUUUUUUUCACUCGAUGUUGGUACUCCGCGAUGCCACUGGGCACGACUCCUGACCGGGCAGCGGCUGCCUAAAAGAAACCCUGGAAAUGUCAGAGCCACACUAGAGAACUCGGGAGAUGCUGAGCAGCGGCUGAAGGAGCUGGCGCUGGGAUCUCUCAGUGAGGUUUGCUGUUUAGCUCACGUACAAAGGAGACAGUGAGGAGCAGAUACAGGAGGCAGUGGCUCGCCGAGCCUCUUUUGAAUUCUCAUUACAGACCCCCUCCCUCUGUCUCUCGCCGUCACAUUGCCUCCCCCCCCCCCUCCUCUUCCUCAGAAGCACCAGGAGGCUCGGUGAGUGAGACAAGGAGCAACAGGAAACGGAGCUGUGAAGCGGAACGAAUGCAGGACAUCGAAGUUUGAAGCAGCGUUGCUCCUUUCCAAUGGCUCGGUUCUGCCGGAGGGGCCGCGGUCCCGGAGAGUAAGCCCAGCCCGGGACAGAGGCAGGAGGAGGAAGGGGUUCGGGGUUUGGUGCGGUAAGAGAGCAGGCAGCCCCAGGCCAGAUGGGAAGCGGGGUGGAGCGGGAUGUGGCCCGGCAGAGCUGCCCGUUCCCCUAGGGCCGGCCUUGGGGAGUUCUGGGGGCCUGCCAGGGGAAUCCGCCGCUUCUCUCGGUCUCCCCGCCUCUCGCUGGCCGGGCUAUGAGACACCAUGGGCUGGUGUGACCCCGGCGUACAGAUGCUGUUCACCAUCAUGGGCGCUUUCGCAGCUUUCAGCCUGAUGAGUAUAGCGAUCGGCACGGAUUACUGGCUCCACUCCCGGGCUUAUAUCUGUAACAGCACCAACAGCACCGGCGAGGAGAACGAAGUGAAGAAGGAGAAAGGCUCGAUGAUUCACUCGGGGCUCUGGAGGGUUUGCUGUGUUGAAGGACUUCAAAGAGGGAAUUGCUUCAGAAUCAAUUACUUUCCUGAAGAUGAUGAUUAUGACCAGGAGGGAUCAGAAUACCUUUUACGCAUUGUCCGUGCUUCCAGUUUAUUCCCAAUACUCAGUGCUAUCCUGUUGCUCCUGGCCGGUCUGUGUGUAGGAGCCAGCAAAUUGUACAGCAGCAAAACCAACAUUAUCCUCAGUGCAGGCAUCCUGUUUGUAGCAGCAGGUCUGAGUAACAUUAUCGGGAUAAUCGUGUACAUAUCCAGCAACACGGGUGACCCCUGGGAUAAAAACGAUGAUGAGAAGAAGAGCCUGUAUUCUUACGGCUGGUCUUUCUAUUUCGGGGCGCUAUCCUUUAUUGUGGCGGAGAUGGCUGGAGUGCUGUCUGUCAGCAUUUACAUUGACAAGAACAAAGCGGUGAGGACCAGGUCCCACCGGCACUGCUUAAAGACUUCAUCCUCGCCUUACUCCAGGAUGUCCAGCUUCAGGUACCGCCAGCGGCGGAGAUCCGGCUCCAGCUCGAGGUCGGAGGAACCUUCCCCGGCUCGGGAGCUGUCCUCAGCCGCUGGGCUGAAGGUAGUGAGUAGCGUCGUGCCCCUGACCGAGAUCUCCAUGUACACCUUGUCCAGAGAGGCGGCUAAGGGACCUGCCAGAGGCAGCUAUCACCCGGAGCAGGAGGAGAGCUUCCUGCAGGUCCAUAACUGUUUCCAGAAGGAGCUGCAGGAAGACUUGGCAGCCAACAUCAUGAACAGGCGGACGACGCCAGUCUGAACACUCGCCUGCUUCUCUGACGUCCCCUCCCCACCUUCCAUCCCCACCCCCACCUCACUGCCCCAACCCCCACCCUAAACCCCAGCUCCAACAUCGCC